AUGGCUGAUGUAGCCCCUGGCCACCAUUCGGCUUAUAGUGAGCCACCACCAUGCUACAACUGUGGUAUGCGUGGUCACAUAUUCACGGCCUGUCCUGAGCCUACUCGAGCAGUUCCUGCUGGUCUCGAAGCUUCAAGAGCGCGUCAAGCAAGUGGCAGUCGCGAUGCUGAACAUCCGAAUAAGCGACACAAAGGCCCCAUCGUGACGCGAUAUUCUCAGCCUCCUUCUAAUUUUACACCAAAUCAUUACCCAGCUGCACCCCCAGGGCAAUCUUACCCACCUGUACCACCUGGGCAGCAUUAUCCUUUUCCUGCACAACAGCCAUACCCCCCCGGUCCGGCGCCUCCUCCCUACCACGGUCAAUAUGCGUCAUGGCAUCCUCCAUCGCAACCGCAUUAUGGCCAUUAUGGUCCACCGCAACCUCAUAGCGUUCCCUCAUUCACACAACCGCCGUAUCAGCCAUAUGGACCGCCCGGCAACCCUCUACCGCCAUUCAUUACUGGUCCUCCACUAUACCCCGAUCAAGGGUAUCCACAUCAAUAUGGUCAACCUCCGGUCCACCCUCCGCCAUUACCGUAUGGAUACGGACCGAGUCCCGGCGCACCUGGACCCCUGGCUGCACCACCUCCUGGGUUUCAGCCGCCAGAUUUUAGACAGCAUUCAACCAUCCCUCCUCCGAAUUACUCCGGGUAUGCUCCACCUCCCGCCACUUUUAAUCAUGAUACACACAGGUCCGAAUACCCACCCUUUGAGAACCACCGGAGAGACCGCUCGCACGAUCGCUACGCGAGAGAUCAAUGGAAUGACCGUAGGGAAGAUCGGCGCAAUGAAUACGGAAGUGACCAGCGUAGACCCCCUAGAGACCACUCGCGAGAUGAACGAUGGCAUGAUGAUCGAGGUCGGCAAGGUGGUCGGGGAAGAUUCGAUCGUCGGAAACAUGACAGACCCUAUGGUGAAAGGACAACUCGUGAUCGCGAGCCUUUUCGUUCCCACAGUCGGCCUGGCAGUGAGAUGAGCAACAGAAGCGGAAGUCAGAAGCCCGCUCUGACGCUGAAUAGCUCGGCACAUACCACGCCUAAGCAAGCUACGCCAGCAUCAGCUGUUGCAUUGCCUCGGAAACCAGAAGAACCAUCUCGACCCUCUGAAGUGGAAGAUGUCGUGGUUCCGGUAGAAAUUGAGCUGUCUCACGAGGUAGCAGGGCCUGAAGAAAAGCCUGAUGUAACGGACAACGUCGCAACAACAUCGGAAACGAGAAAUGAGACAUCCUCAGAGGAUGAUGACGAUAUUCGAUCCGACAAGGGAUUCCUACGGGAGUUGGAGGUGGCAUUUGCCGAACGUUCUGUUCAACAUCAGGCUGAUCCAAUCGCGGAACCUUUGCCUGGCGAGUAUUCUGAGCAAAUCAUGUUACCCCCUGCAUUCGACGUCAAGGGCGUCAAAUCAAAAUAUAUCACCUCGGCGAAUCUCGAUGAUUUUGCAUUGAGCGUGAGGGAUACGAAUCAAUGGAACAAGUAUCGCAACCAUCCCGCAUUCCUACCCCCUGGAGAUGUCAAUAUUCAUAACUUAGGUGUGUACCUAAGAUCGAUCCAAAAGGGUCAAGGGAUCCGACAUGAUAAGCGUGGUCGUCAUACGCAUGCGCAGAAUCACGGCAGAGACCAGGGUCGCAGCCAGAGAUUCAACAACCGUGGAGAUAAAGACCAGCGAUAUUCAGGCCCCUUCCAGAGGAAAAGAAAGUGGGAAGAACGUGUUGACACAAUAAGCGGACAUGAAGCCGCGAACUCGAGAAACCUUGGAUAUCACUUACAGUAUCCGGAGCUUUUUGAGCAACCGCCGAGGCAGGCGUCACCCGAGCCUGGUGAAAUAAGUGAUACACCAGUGUCGGUGGUAGAUGCCCGCGCUUGGCCCAUAUUGCCCUUGCCUCCGAAAGAUGACUCAUCACAAUGGUCCCGUAGUGACCCAGUUUACGUUGACGAUCACGGAAGGCACCAGCCGAUAUUGGAUCAGUCGCGCAACUACGACGAUGGCCAUUCCAAGUUUGAUAGACCGGGCGCUCCACUACAUUCCGGAGGUCAUUCUCGCAGCCCUCACUAUACUGGCUGGGGCCAUCCCUCGCUGAGUCCGAGACCUCAUGAACAUUUCGAACCCUCUGACAGUUACCAGCGCAGGUCAGCUUCGCCAAAGCCCCUACUCGAUGACUUGCAAUCCCAUAUCGACCGGUUAUGCUCAGGUGCUACCUCUGAUAACGACCGUGUAAUAUCUAGCAAAGAACAGGUCAAUCAUACCGAAGAUCGGGGUGCUUCGCAGAAUGUUUUUGUUGAGAUGCCUCCCCGGCGGGGUUCCCAAGCUUCUAAUUCUGGUGGCCGCCCUGUAAGCCGUGAUGGGCUUGCAAGUCGACGAUCAUCUCUUGGGAACAUUUCUCAAGCUAGUGACCUUGGUUCACCUUUGACAAGGAUCGAGGCGGAGCUUUUGGGCCUUAUAGGUGCUGAUGGUGAUGAUUCUGAUACGGACUCUCUCAAGCGUCAACAAGAAGAUACUACUCACAAACGCAAACAGCGUAAGAAGGUGCACUCAGUUUACGAUCGUCGGUGGUAA